AUGAGCCAGAUUUUUAGUUCAGAUAAUCUUAUAACUGGGUGGCUAGAAAUCAGACGGGGAUCAAAUCUAUACCGGGUAGAAGGAAGUUUUGACACCUGCUUCGAAGACUCCCUCACUUUAGAGGAGGGAGAUCUAGUGGAGUUUAUUCAAGAAGGAGAGAAUGGGCAAUGGGCUACUGACCAGCACACCACAACCACUGAGAAAACAAGUUCUGCAUCACACAAGAGCAUGACAUCCGUCCAGGCCACUUCGCCUGUACCAACAAGUCAAACUGGACCAAGAUUGGCACUUCAACCAUCACCAGCUAUGACGGGCACUUACAGUGUUUCCAACGGAACUGCAGAUUGCAUUAAAGCCUUAACUGGCUUGACAAUGAUGGUUACGAACACAAAAACGGGAGAACUAGAAUAUUUUAAUAUUGAUCCCAACGCCACACACACUGCAGGAUAUUGCGGAUAUAGCCAAUCAAUGCUCAACAUCUCGUUUGAAGGUGGCUUCGUAAAAUUUACUUUUACUAAGAAAGAAAUGGUCUAUUAUAUCAGCAUGACUGAAGCUUCUUUGACAGUUCUCUCACAAGGUUUUGCGUACAAUGGAAUUAAAAAUGAGCAGCUCUUUUCCACAGCGGUGGGAAACUCCUUCAAAUGCCUCAGUACGCAAACUGUGAGCUUGGCCAGCAACUUUCAACUGCAGGUUGCCAAUUCCCAGCUUCAAGCCUUUGAUAUUGUAAACAACCAAUUUGGAAAAGAAGAGGAGUGCACUUUGGAUAGAAACAAGAGGCUGAUCCCAGCAACAAUUGGCUUCAGUCUGUCCGGAUUAAUCAUCAUCAUCCUGUUCUCCUGUGUGCUUUAUAGAAGGAAAACUCACUCUGGAUACAGCCGUAUCUGA